UUCUUAAAGAUGGCUCAGAAAAUCCUUUGGAGCCAGGCUGGUCCUAUGAUUGGAAAGUCUUCUGCCAAUCCAAGAGAUCCUGGGGAAGUCUGGGAACAGGCCAAGCAGAACAUUCUGGAAGAAGAAGCCGGUUGGGUUGCACAACAUCGCCACAUCCGUGAGGUCUGCUACCAAGAAGCUGAAGGGCCUCGAGACAUUUGCAGCCGUCUCUACCAUCUGUACCGUCAGUGGCUCAAGCCAGAAAUACACACCAAAGCCCAGAUGCUGGACUUGGUGAUCCUGGAGCAGUUCCUGACUAUCCUUCCCCCGGAAGUGGAAAACUGGGUGCGGGAGUGUGGAGCGGAGACCAGUUCCCAGGCAGUGGCCCUUGCAGAAGGCUUUCUUCUCAGCCAGGCCGAGGAGAAGAGGCUGGAAGAGCUGCAGGAACCCUUCAUGAAGACGUUUGCUGGACCCACUAAAAUACGGGGAGAUACGCCAUAUCGUUCCCAGCAUUUGGCCUUACGAGGCAGAUUCCAGGAGAAUACAGAACCAGAGAGUGGAAUGACACCGAUAGUCCCUGUGGAA